CGCAGGAGGCUAUAAGUCAGUAAGAACAGGAAAAACGGAUAACAGAAAGAAGCAAAUAUUAAGGAACUGCUGUGUAUUAAAGAACAGCAGGUGCAUUGGACAGGAACCUGGAUUACAAACAAAGAUCUUUUUAUAUUAUUAGUAUUGAGGAAGUUCCUUUUUCCUUUUGAAGUACGGCUAACCAGAACCUCUGCAGGUGGACAAAAAUGAUGGGAUGUUUACUCAUGCUGUCGUUUGCUGAGGGCCACAAAGUGGGUCAACACCUGAGAAGAAGCUGAAAGGAGCCACAGAGACUGAGGCCGUUUUGUUCUACUAAAAGGGAGCACACGAGGGGACAGACAGAUUGAACUGGCUGGAGACACAAGACAGUCAGAAUGCAGAAUUAUUAUACCUUUAGUUUUUAGACCCUGAAAACAGGAACCGUUGAUGUGUCCACAUUGCUGCUUAGUCCUUCACAAUGUGUAGGCCUACACUCUAAAUUGUUCAACUUUUAGACUAGAUUUGAAAACAUUGGUAAGGUAAAUGGAUGCUCCAUUUACCCUGCUGCUGGAAAUCUAGCCAACUGUAGCUUUGACUGAAAGGAGAAACAGUGUGCCUUUAUUCAAGCUUAAAGAUAACACGGCACCUAUUGGCCUCAAAGUCCAAAACAUUCCAAGUGAUCGACGGAACAAGGGGAGAGCAUUUCUUCCAUUUGUGAGACAUUCACAUCCACAGAAGACACGACUGUACCUCCACCAUGCAAACGACAGGACCUGACCACGACGACACGUUUGAUUUCCUGUUCAAGAUCAUCCUGGUCGGAGACUCUAAUGUAGGCAAGACCUGCUUGGUUCAGAAUUUCAAGUCAGGGAUUUUCUCAGAAAGACAGCAGAACACCAUCGGAGUAGAUUUCACUGUACGGACCGUGGAUAUCGAGGGGAAGAGAGUUAAGAUGCAGGUGUGGGACACGGCAGGUCAGGAGCGGUUUCGUACAAUCACUCAGAGCUACUACCGCAGUGCUCACGGCGCCAUCAUUGCCUAUGACAUCACGCGACGCCCGACCUUUGACUCAGUCGCCAACUGGAUCAAAGAGGUGGAGACCUAUGGAGCGAGCAAUGUCGUGCUGGUUCUCAUAGGUAACAAAACAGACCUGGAGCAGGAACGCCAGGUUCUGUUUGAGGAAGCCUGCAAUCUGGCAAAGGACAAAGACAUACUAGCUGCUCUAGAAACAUCAGCAAAGGAGAGUCAGAAUGUGGAAGAAGCCUUCAUCAUGAUGGCUCGAGAGCUGAUGGCUCGUAACGGCCUUAAUGUCCAGCAGGAGGACCUGAAGAGCGCCUACACACCUCGAGUUCUCCUUCGGUCCAACUCUCGGGCUAUCGAAGGCUUUGAAGAUCCACCAGAGAAGAAGACAUGUUGCUGAUUUGAAUGGGAAUAUAAAAGAGGAAUAGGGUGAAGGACACUUUUGAUUAUGAAUGUUGGAAAAGAGAAAUGGACGAAGAUCCAAAGAUGCAUGAAUGUUAAAUGAGGCUGGCAAGGCCUCGAGAUUGUUUUGCAUUGAGGAACUUUUCCAAUUUUUUCAAAGUAUUGAAAAAUUAAUUAAGUAUAUUUAAAUGAGCUUUUGUAGCUUAACUGACCCGAGAGAAUUGUUAGCUGGUGCUACAAGGACUUGGACCGGGCAUGUUCAGUAAUGGGGGAGUAAGAGAGAGUGGUGACGGUUGUGAUCAGCGCUUGGUGAAGUUACAGUAAACCAAUUUUAUUUAUUUCAGCUAUACCUCGACAUCAAUCUUUCUCUUAAUGUUUGACUGUUUUUGAAGUUUGCACUAGUGAAAUUAAUCAAAAUCUGAAUGUAAAAGCUAAGGCAUUUUAUUAUGGUGGUUAGAUACCACAAAACACUCAAGCAUCCUCAACACCUGCUGGCCUCCGCCACGUUAUCCUUAACACAUUUAGUCAAAAAGCAGUCUUCAUGCUUCACUCUGCUGGUAGAACGUUUGAAAAUCUGGGAAAGACUAUUUUAUGUUAUUAUGUAUUUUUCACCCAAGUGUUUCACAGAGAGCCGGCUGCAAACCAUAAGACUAUGAAUUACAAAUAUUUGUUUGACUAUGUCUUAUAUUGUCCUAAAUGUAUAUAUCAGUCUUUGAAUGUGUUCCUGAAAUCCUCCUGUGUUGACCACUAAAUUGUGAACACUAGAGGGCACUGUGCUGUUAUACAUGACCAAUAGCUGCAGGUUGAGAGCUCAUUGCCUUCAACAGUAAAUAGAAAGGUGAUUAAAAACAUCCGUGACUGCACAAAGAAACAAUUGAUUGAGUGUAACCCAACAUACAACCCAUGAAAUAAUUUAUUUAAUCCCCUUCAAUUAAGGCUGAACUUUACCAAAACCCCUUCCAGCCAACACAACAGUCCAGCUAAUGUAACUGACGAGGUUUACAUCAAGGAUAGAAUCUGUCUUUGUGUCGAAUGCCAAGUUGGCCGGCCUUAUUCAAACACCAAUCUAGAGGUCACGUUGCAGGACUAGCUCUGAUCAUUAUUUUAUUAUACUUACACAGUUAACCUGCCAUAUUGAUUAAUGCAGAACUAUUGUGGGAACAAAGAGUAGCCUUGUCCUUUACUUCAAAUCUGACAAGCAAUAAAUAGUCAUUCUAUGGCUAUAAAAUCAUUUCAUUCAUCAGGUCUUGUUACUUUAUUAUUUAUCGGAGCUAAAUUGUGGUGUGUGUGUUUGAGCCCUUAUUGACAGACAACAGGGAGA